AUGGCGAUAUUAUCCAAGAACAAGCUUGGUUUUAUCGAUGGCACCAUUGCUCCACCAGAUAUCACAGAUCCUCUGUUUCUUCCAUGGCAACGUUGCAAUACCAUGGUCCUUUCCUGGCUGCACAGAUCGAUCAACAGCUCCAUCGAGAAAUCCAUUCUUUGGAUGGAUCGAGCUUCGGAGGUUUGGAUUGAUCUCAAGAACCGUUUUAGUCACUUUGACAUUUUUCGUCUUUCUGAUAUUCAAGAAGACAUCUACAAACUUCAGCAAGGUGAGCUUAAUGUAACCAACUACUUCACUGAACUAAAGAUUCUUUGGGAUGAAUAUGAUAACUUGCGUCCUUUUCCGAAAUGCAAUUGUGCAAUUCCAUGCAACUGUGGUCUUCUUGAAUUGAUAAGAACACACAGAAACCAAGAUCAAACUAUCAGAUUCUUGAAGGGACUGAAUGAGCAAUAUGCUCAUGUCAGAUCCCAGAUCAUGAUGAUUGAUCCACUACCACAUGUUAGCAAAGCCUUCUCCUUGGUUGUACAAAAAAAAGGACAAUUUCAACCGAUUAUACUAGGUGAGUCUUCUCUGACAUCACAUACCUUCUUUAAUGCAUCACAUGCCAGGAAACCUUUUAUUCCUGAGAAAGGAAAAUCGCGUCCUACUGCACAAGGAUAUGCACCAACUAAUAGAAGUCCAAAGAUCUGCACACAUUGUGGAAAAAUGCACCACACCAUUGAUACGUGCUAUCAAUUGCACGGUUUUCCCCCUGGUUACAAGACUGAUGCAAGACCAAGAAAUGCCGUGAAUCUUGUUCAACAAGAUGUUAAUUCAGAUAAUUCAGUUUCUGUCCCUGAUGAUGACAUGAAACUUGGGAUUUCUUUAUCCCAAAAUCAGUACCAAAGACUCAUGUCUCUCCUCCAAACUACUCAGCUUCAGUCUGAACCUGCAGAAGAGCCAUUUCAUUCGACUCGCAGUGUCACUACCUCAGCACUGAAUUCCAUGACUUCACCAGAUGUCAAUCAUCUUCCAGGUACCAAUCAUAUUCGUUGGAUACUUGAUACAGGAGCCACGGAUCACAUAUGA